AUGAAGAAGAAGCCUAUGGAGAGUGUCAAUGAUCUGAUCCAAGAGCUCAAGCUCCGUACUCUCUGGUGGUUCAUCUCUAUUUUCGCCGUAUCAUAUUUCCUCACCAAUACGAGUAAAUCGAUGUGGAUGAAUGUACCGAUGUCGAUUCUAUUUGUUUGUGCUCUGCGCGUUCUUGUAAAUAAUGCUGAGUUUCGUUGGAAGGUUCCACAACCUAGAUCACAUACAUAUCUAUCUCAUUUAGAAAAAAAACAGUUGUUGUUGAAUGAUCCGCGCCUUUCUAGUGCGCCUUCCCCGGUUAAGUGGAAGAGGAAAAUUGAUUCUCCUGUUGUUGAAGAAGCAAUGGGUGAUUUUAUUGAUAAGAUUUUGAAGGAUUUUGUAGUUGAUUUGUGGUACUCAGAAAUUACUCCCGAUAGGGAGUUUCCUGACCAGAUACAUGCUAUAAUCAUGGACGUUCUUGCCGAAAUAUCAGCAAGAGUUAAAGAGAUAAACCUUGUUGACUUGUUGACUAGGGAUUUAGUUGAUUUAAUAGGCGAGCACUUGGAACUUUUCAGAAGAAAUCAAGCUGCUAUAGGUGUCGAUGUUAUGAAAACAUUAUCUUCAGAGGAAAGAGAUGACAGAUUGAAAUUUCAUUUGUUGAACUCUAAGGAGCUUCAUCCAGCACUAAUAUCUCCUGAGAGUGAGUACAAGGUUCUUCAGCGACUAAUGAGUGCACUUUUAGCCACCGUACUAAGACAACGAGAAGCUCAUUGUCCUGUGAUUCGCUCAAUAGCUCGGGAACUUAUGACUUGCUUGGUGAUGCAGCCUAUUAUGAAUUUGGCAAGCCCUGUGUUUAUAAAUGAGCUCAUUGAAUCCCUUCUACUCCUCCUUAACGAUGAUGGUAAAAAGUGGACGGGUGGUGAUCAGUCGACUAAUGUAGCAAGUCAUGGUCACGGUCGUUCUGUUGCUACUGGGGGUGGACACGACAAUCUUACAGCCUCUAGUAAGCAUCCAUCUUUAAAUCCAGAAACUGGUAUGACAUUAGCUAAAAUGAGUGACCGGGGAGAGACAUCAUUACAAUAUAAUCCACUCCAUCAAGAAUCUUCACAGGCCAAGCCUGCUGAUUGGGCACGAAUGUUGGAGGUUGCAACUCAGAGGAGAACUGAAAUUCUCAUGCCUGAGAAUCUUGAGAACAUGUGGGCGAAAGGAAGGAAUUACAAAAGGAAAGAGAACAAAAUUGUCAAACCUGGAUCUAAGAAUCUUCCCACUAAGAGUCCUGCUACUGACAGCUCAUUGCCAAAUAUAAAAAUGGCCCAGGAAACAUUAGUGAGUAAACGUGGAAAGUAUGAAAUUGCAGAAGUGAAGUCUUCUCUACCUUCAACGCAUAACUUGGCUCUGGAUACCGUACAAAAUGUUGCAAGAACAAAUAGGUCAGAAACUUCUCCAAACCCCGACAAGAAACUACCUUUUGAUGGGCAGCUUAGUGUUGAUAAUGUGAACGGUACAAAGGAUGUUGCUUCAGAUGGGUAUAAAAGUUCACUGAAGAGGUCUAGCAGUGCUUCUGCCUUGGGAAUUCAACCUAAUCAAGAAAGCAGCUCCAUUAUUUCAGAGUUUUACAACCCGGAAUUUGAGAGGCACAAUGAAAGAUUUCGGGGAAAGAGUUCUUCUGACAUGAUAAUUCGGAAAGAGGGGCAAUUAGCUCCAAAGCUCCGGUGCCGGGUUAUGGGAGCAUAUUUUGAAAAAAUUGGGGCCACAUCUUUUGCUGUCUACUCAAUUGCAGUUACUGAUGCACAAGAUAGAACUUGGUUUGUAAAAAGAAGAUAUAGAAAUUUUGAGCGCUUGCAUCGACAUCUUAAAGAUAUUCCAAAUUACACAUUACAUUUGCCUCCUAAAAGGAUAUUUUCCUCAAGCACUGAUGAUGCCUUUGUACAUCAGCGUUGCAUUCAGCUUGAUAAAUAUCUCCAGGAUCUUCUAUCAAUAGCUAAUGUUGCUGAACAACAUGAAGUAUGGGACUUUUUUAGUGUUUCCUCAAAGAACUACUCUUUUGGGAAAUCUUCUUCUGUGAUAAAGACCUUGGCAGUCAAUGUAGAUGAUGCUGUGGAUGAUAUUGUACGCCAAUUUAAGGGGGUUUCAGAUGGUUUAAGGCGAAAGAUGAAUUGGAUAAAAGUACCCCACAGCGAAGUGCCACAGAAAGGUCACCCACCACUUUCAACAGACCAUACUGACGAGUCCAGCAACUUGGAUUUUGAUAGAAAGCGUGAUCUGUCGGUGGAAGCUAGGGUUAGCAAUGAUGUUCCAGCUGCAAAUUUAGUUCUUACUCGCAAUAAUUUGGAGGAUCCUGUUGUAGUUCCACCUGAGUGGUCUCCAUCUAAUGUCAGUGUCCCUCUUCUGAAUUUGGUUGACACGAUAUUUAAACUUAAGAAGAGAGGUUGGAUAAGAAGACAAGUCUUUUGGAUGUCAAAACAGAUAUUACAGUUGGUGAUGGAAGAUGCUAUUGAUGAUUGGCUCCUGAGGCAGAUUCAUUUACUUCGGAAAGAGGAUACUGUUGCACAGGGGAUUCGGUGGCUCCAAGAUUUCCUCUGGCCUGGUGGUACAUUUUUUUUGAGAAUAGGGACACUUCAGACGACAAAUGGUAGCAGUGAUCAAAAGCCUUCUCAAACAAUAAGUGGAUCUGAGGUGCGCAACAUCACGAAACACGAAUCUGGGUCUUUCGAGCAACAACUUGAGGCUGCACGUAGAGAAAGUGACAUCAAAAAAUUGCUGUUUGAUGGAGCUCCCACAACUUUAGUCAGCUUGAUCGGACAUAAGCAGUACAGACGUUGUGCGAGGGAUAUAUAUUACUUCAGUCAGUCUACUGUAUGUGUGAAGCAACUUGCCUAUGCAAUUUUGGAACUUCUACUUGUCUCCGUCUUUCCUGAGAUGAGGAAUGUUGUAUUGAGUGUUCAUGAGAAUGUAGAUGUUCACAGAGCCUCGUGA